GGGGCUAUCUGCCUUGACACCCUCAGCUCCAACUGGUCUCCCGUCCAAACCAUCAAGACUGCCCUUCUCUCCCUUCGAAUGCUCCUCGAAUGCCCAAAUCCCAAGGACCCGCAAGACGCCGAGGUUGCAAAGAUGAUGAUAGAAGAUCCCAAGCGCUUCGCUCUCAUGGCUCACGAAUGGGCUGUCAAGUAUGCCGGUGCUCCACGACAAGACGUUGAUGUCACCAAAUACCAAAAUGACGUUCCAGCUGCUCCAGUCAAGGACGACGUUGCUCGACUUAACGGAUACAACAGAAACCUUGUUGAACGGUUCGUGAACAUGGGAUUCGCAUUGGAUGACGUUGUCGAGGCCUUUGUUCACUUCGGCAUAGAUCGCAACGGAGGCCGAGACUACGUGCUGGAAGAGGCUUACAUGGGGGACGUCGUUUCUAGAUUGCUACAUGAGAACUAA